AUGUUAGCUGAUAGUCGCAAAAAAGUGAUAGAAUUAGGCCUUAGAAGAUUAUUGAAGUGUAGGAAAACAGCUAAUCAACAAGAAAUUCGGGAAUUCAAAUUGCCAUCUUUAAAUUUUUAUGCUGAAGACUACAUCGAUAUGAUUGACCGGCAGUCGACAACAAUAACAGAACCUCUCCUGACAAAAUGUAUUUCCAAUGAAGAACUAGAAGAAAUGAUUUUAGAUAUUCCAGCUGAAAUUGAAAUUCUAAAAUAUCCAUGCCACACGCAAGCAGUGGAAAGGUGCAUCAAGUUAGUAACAGAAGCGUCAGUUACUGUAUGUGGAAAUACAGCAAGGGAUGAAUUUAUGCACGAAUUGCUUCUAGCGCUAGUUUGCCAGUAUUCGAGACAAAAAGUCAAUAUCUUCAAGUUUUUAAAGAAAAUUAUUCACAAAAGUGCAAAUAAGGGUGGAAGGGCGGUGGAACUCGAUAUGCAGCUACCUCCACGCGUUAAAUGA